CCAGGUUUGGAAGUUGUGUUGAAGUCGGGCGGACGCGCUACGGGUGCCCCCGGGUAGACGUCUCACUCCCGCGGCCCUGCCCGCCGCCGUUUGGGACGCAUUCUGCGGUGUUUUUGGUGCGCGGAGCGGUCGGUUCUCUUCCGCGGCCGAACGCUGUUCCUCUUUACCUGAAAGGACAGCGCCGAAGUUCGGCUGGCCGGCGAGCGGGCUCCCAAGCUAGCCGCGUUAGCACCGCGCUAGCACCGCGCUAGCACCGGCGUCGCCUCUCGUCGGUGGCGUUUCGGGCUAGCUAGGCGGCCGUCACCGUAACAUGCGGCUAUGGAGGAGCGAAAGCUGAAGAGAAAGAGUCCCAGGCCCUCUGCCUCCGGCAACCCGGCGGGACCGACGGCCGGCUCCGGCCGCAAGAGCGGCUCCUCUCACGGGGGGCGGCACGUCGGCUACAGCCACAACGCGGGGACCCACCCCGGCCAGAGGACCAAGAACAGGAGGGGAAUUCGAGAUAAACCCAGACCUCCGUUAAGUUUAAGUGGAAUAACCAGUCAGAACCAGGGCCAGGCCGCCCCCAACAUCCAGCACUCCUUCCUGACAGAUGUGUCGGACGUACAGGAGAUGGAGAAAGGGCUCCUUAGUCUCCUGAAUGACUUUCACUCAGGAAAACUACAAGCCUUUGGCAACGAGUGUUCUAUUGACCAGAUGGAGCAUAUCAGAGAGAUGCAGGAGAAGCUGGCUGGCUUGCACUUUGACCUAUACAGCGAGGUGGAUGAAUUGCCGGAGGACCAGAAGAAAACAGCCUGUGACACCAACAUGGAUAAACUCCUGCUUAACCUUGAGGAGCUGAGUUCAUCGAUUCAGAAACUAAACUUGGCAGACACCCAGGAGAUCCCCCGGACCGCCAGUAUGUGAUUCCUCUCCCUGUGUCUGCUCUUUGAGUUUGUUUUGUCCUGUCUGGACGGACAGGAGGAUGGAGUUGGAUCUUUUAUGCACUACUCUUUGCCAGUAUUUCUGAAAGAGCAGUUAAGCUGUAGAACAGCCGUCCCUGGCUAUACCGGGGGUGGAUGCAUUAUCAGACAUCAUAUCAGGGAUGCACUGUAAAAAUCUUUUUUUUCUCACUGUUAAUACCAGUGCUAAAUGCCUAACGUGGCAGCCGAAAGUAGAUACUAAUCUGAUGUAUCACUUUACUCAGUGCAGAUUUUGGCCAAUUAAAUUUGUCAAAAAUAUUUUUUUAUUAUUAUCUCAAACUAUAAUUUGAGAUGCAAACUAUGUUUUUCUCCAAGACAGAGAUGGUAUCCACUUUCUUGCCAUUAUGGUUCCCUUUGCAGGGCAAUUUUCAGACACACAUGCUUGAGCUUGCUUUUUGGCAGGCGUCUCCCCCAUAAUAACAUCAUCACUCACUUGAGAAAAUAGAUUUGCAUUACAACAUCUGACAAAAGAUCCUUAUUUUUCCGGCUAAUAACUGCUCGACACCGAGCAGUCUCAGCUCAGCUUUUUGUUUGCAGUGUCAGAGUGUCUUCAGAAAGUUAAAAAUGAAUCAAGUACAUAGUUUUUAGUAUUUAACCGAGGUGUAAAUCUGCUCGGGUGCACUUUGUCUUAUCUGUUGGCAACGAUCACAGGCCAGUCUGGCUUUUAACAAGGUGUUUUUUUUGCAGGAUUGGGUAAUGGCAAUCUUGAGUCUGAUUACCUUAGGGAAAAACUAAAUCACAGAUAUUUAUAUUAUUCCAGAUGAUUGCUGUGCAAAGCAGGCUUGAAUAGCACCCAAAAAGAUAACCUUUGAAUACAAUAGAUCCGCUGGAAACUGCUGUCCUAAAAGAAAAAGAUGUUUUUGUGGUUCUGCAUGCGAUUCCUCGGUACACGUCUGUGGCCUGAUGGUGUUAUCACCCCCGACACUGUGCAGAGGGUUGACUGUAUUUGCACAUAUCCAUGUGAGCUGUGUAACACGCUGCACAUAUCACACGUGUGUUAUUUUGGCCAUGGAAAGCGUGAACGAGCCAAAAUGUUGACGUCACAACCACGCCUUAUUUCUGAUGUAUGCUUCUUUUUUUGUUGCCUUAUUUGUUUAAAAAUGUGCGUCAGGUGAAUAAAAGUGUGUAUUUAAAAUGUAAAUCAUUUUCAGGUGGAGGGCAAUAAUCAUCUAUAUGGAGCUGCUUUAAUCGAUCGGAUGGCCUUUUUAUUCUGUGGACUUUAAGUUUGUAUUGAUUGGACGUGUGUGGGUGGGCACAUGGGAUGUUAUUGCUGUGACUGUUUUUUUUUUUGGCGAUUUUGUUUUGAUUGUGUUGAAAAAGGGGGAAUAAAAAGGUUUUAUGUGUCAGUAUAUGGCCGACAGUGUUCCUUGACUCAGACCAAGCGAGAAACCUCCCGAGUGGCUGCUGCAGCUAGAAAGGCGCUGUGUAAAAUGCGACUCGCUCUGCAAAACUUGCAAACUUUGAGUGACG